GUUGGCAGGAGUUCAGACAGUUCUCUGAGAAUCUGUUUAACCGUGUAGAUUAAAUGGAAAUACAUUUUCUAUAAUGAAACUUGUCAAAAUGAGAAGGGAUCAACUAUUGACAAUCAUGGGAUAACUACCUAGUGAGAACUGAAUGCCUUGCCUUGGUACAUCCCAUUUCUAAUGGAGGACAAGAAGUUAUUUUCUUCAAUGGCUGACUUCCAGAAUUUCUGGCUGAAUGUUCUUUGUCAAGUGUAUAUUCCCUUCUCUAGGCCUUUCUAUAUAGAGCCCACAAACAUCAUCAAUGUGAAUGAUGUCAUUCAGAGGGUUAGCGACCAUGCCUCUGCCAUGAACAAGAGGAUUCAUUACUACAGCCGGCUCACCGCUCCUGCAGACAAGGCACUGAUUGCCCCAGAUCAUGUAGUUCCAGCUCCAGAAGAGUGCUAUGUAUAUAGUCCAUUGGGUUCCGCUUAUAAACUGCAAAGUUACACUGAAGGAUAUGGCAAAAACACCAGUUUAGUAACCAUUUUUAUGAUUUGGAAUACCAUGAUGGGAACAUCUAUAUUAAGUAUUCCUUGGGGCAUAAAACAGGCUGGAUUUACUACUGGAAUGUGUGUCAUCGUGCUGAUGGGCAUUUUAACACUUUAUUGCUGCUACAGAGUAGUGAAAUCACGAGCUAUGAUAUCAUCAGUGGAUACCACUACCUGGGAAUAUCCAGAUGUCUGCAGAUACUACUUUGGCUCCUUUGGACAGUGGUCGAGUCUCCUUUUCUCCUUGGUAUCUCUCAUUGGAGCAAUGAUAGUUUAUUGGGUGCUUAUGUCUAAUUUUCUUUUUAAUACUGGAAGGUUUAUUUUUAAUUUUAUUCAUCACAUUAAUGACACGGAUGCUGUACUGAGUACCAAUGAUAGCAACCCUGUGAUUUGUCCAAGUGCUGGGAGCGAUGACCAUCCUGACAAUGGCUCUAUGAUUUUCUAUGCCAAUGACACGGGACUCCAGCAGUUUGAAAAGUGGUGGAAUAAGUCCAAGACAGUGCCCUUUUACCUCAUAGGGCUCCUCCUUCCACUGCUCAAUUUCAAAUCUCCUUCAUUUUUUUCAAAAUUUAAUAUCCUAGGCACAGUGUCCGUUCUCUAUUUGAUUUUCCUUGUCACCUUUAAAGCCAUACACUUGGGAUUUCAUUUGGAAUUUCACUGGCUUAUGCAAACAGAGUAUUUUGUACCAGAGAUAAGAUUUCAGUUUCCACAGCUGACUGGAGUGCUUACCCUUGCUUUCUUUAUUCAUAAUUGUAUUAUUACACUCUUGAAGAACAACAAGAACCAAGAAAACAACGUGAGGGACUUGUCCAUUGCUUAUAUGCUGGUGACAUUAACUUACCUCUAUAUUGGAGUCCUGGUUUUUGCUUCAUUUCCUUCACCACCAUUAACCAAGGAUUGCAUAGAGCAGAAUUUUUUGGACAACUUCCCUAGCAGUGACAUCCUAUCCUUCAUUGCAAGGAUAUUCCUGCUGUUCCAGAUGAUGACUGUAUACCCACUCCUAGGCUAUCUGGCUCGCGUUCAACUAUUGGGCCAUGUCUUCGGUGACAUUUAUCCUAGCAUUUUCCAUGUGCUGAUUCUUAAUCUAAUUAUUGUGGGAACUGGAGUGAUCAUGGCCUGUUUCUACCCAAACAUAGGAGGAAUCAUAAGGUAUUCAGGAGCAGCAUGCGGCCUGGCCUUUGUAUUCAUAUAUCCAUCUCUCAUCUAUAUAAUUUCCCUCCGCCGAGAAGACCGUCUGACGUGGCCAAAGUUAAUCUUUCACAUUUUUAUCAUCAUUUUGGGCCUGGCUAACCUGAUUGUUCAGUUUUUUAUGUGAAAUACUCGAUGUCUUCUCAAGAUCUUUCAUGGCAUUUUGAACUUUGACAACAGUUCCACAUAAAUUGACUUAUAAAUGCUGUUGUUGCUGUAAUUCUAAAUGUUUUCCUAAAAUAAUUUGAAAAAAAGGGGUGGGGGGAAUAGUGGUCCAUGAAUAAGUAAUUUUGAUUAGAGUGGAGAAAGGGGCAAGAAGAAUGAUCUUUGUCUCACUUCAUAUGCACCACCCCUUCAUUCUCAUUGUCUUUUCUGAGUAGAAGUAUCUGCCCUUAGGAAAAAUCAUGUUGGUUUUUGCUUUUUACAGAUAUAAGGUGGGUGGGUUUAUUUUGACUACAGUAAAGGUUCUCAGAGUAUCACAGCAACCAUUGCCAGAUGCUAUUUCUGUUUUGUUUCAACGUAUUCACUUUCAUUUUAUUACUUGCUAGGCCAUUUCUUCAGUUUACCCAAACAUGUACUGUUUGGGACAGUAAACCAAAUACCUCAUUUGUAAAAAGAAAUCUCCAUGGCAUCAGUGUUAAAUGAGUGAACUCUUAACUGCAUCCUUAAUCUCUAUUUAAAAGAGAGAAAGAAAGAAUGUUGGUACAGGCUCUUUGAUCAUGAACCUUACACAAAAUAAACGAACUGGGAGAGCUU